CACAUCUCUCUUUCCAUCACCACCUUACAAGUUCCAACAUCUAUCUCACUUCUUAGUUCUUUGUGGCUCUUUCCAUGAUGGCCUCUCCUACAUCUCCAAGAGUUCUCUUCUUGAGUCUCUUUGUAACUCUUUCCAUGAUUUUACAUUUGAGUUCAGCCAGGAAGUUGUCUGAGUCAGACCCCCAAUUGCAGUUCCAAUACCACAGAGGCCCUCUCCUCACAGGCAAAAUCUCCGUAAACCUAAUUUGGUACGGUAAGUUCAAACCUUCUCAGAAAGCCAUUGUUGCUGAUUUCAUCACCUCUCUCUCCUCUUCCAAACCCCUCACCGCCCAACCAUCCGUUGCCACGUGGUGGAAAGCCACCGACAAAUACUACAAAAACUCGUUCCCCAAACUUGCACUCUCCCUAGGGUCCCAAAUCGUUGAUGAAAACUACUCUCUAGGAAAAUCACUCACCACCAACCAAAUCUUAAAACUCGCGUCCAAGGGUCCACAGAGAAACGCCAUCAACAUCGUUCUAACUUCUGCUGAAGUGGCAGUGGAGGGGUUCUGCUCGAGUAGGUGCGGAACACACGGGUCCUCCGUGGGGGCGCGUGUGAACGGUAAGAGGUAUAAGUUCGCCUACAUGUGGGUGGGUAACUCAGAGACACAGUGCCCUGGUCAAUGCGCGUGGCCGUUCCACCAACCCAUUUACGGUCCCCAGAACCCAGCACCUUUGGUUGCACCCAACAACGACGUGGGUCUCGACGGCAUGGUUAUCAACGUGGCUAGUCUUCUUGCUGGGACUGUCACUAACCCUUUUGGAAAUGGCUACUUUCAAGGACCCAAAGAAGCUCCUUUGGAAGCUGGUUCGGCUUGCACUGGGGUUUAUGGUAAGGGCGCGUAUCCUGGCUAUGCAGGGAAUCUCUUGGUGGACCCCACCACCGGUGCCAGCUACAACGCAAAUGGGGUCAACGGAAGGAAGUAUCUGUUGCCAGCUCUUGUUGAUCCUAAAACCUCAUCUUGUUCCACGCUCGUGUAAAACUACGUCUCUAUGUUUUCAUCUAUGUUUAGUUGUUAGGCACUACGAGAGAUUCUUUUAUUUGUUCAUUCUUUUGUUAUAGCUUUAAAACAAAUUAUUGUCUUAACUCUUACGAAUGUUAUUUUACCCAUUUGAAGGGACCAAAAUAAAGUGAUAUUCAGAUACUUAAAAUUCAAUUUA